UUGAUGUCAGAGUCUGUAUAAAACUGAGACUUUGGGUUGGCUCACCAUUCAACCACAGGGGGCCUGAGGAGACGCAGCUCUGGAGAACUUCUGUCCUACAUGCGGAUUAUCUGUGACAUCUUCCCAGAUGUUGGGACAUCAGGACGCACCACUCAUCAUUUACGCACCAACCUUUUUUUUCUGUCUUAUAUGUUGUGCACAACAGUUAGGAAGCUUUUAUGGCUACAAAACGGAAAGGUCUGAGCAGUGGAGAAUGGAUACUUGCUUCCAUAUUUUGGCACCUGCACAUUGAAACAGAAGAAAAUGAGGAAGGAAGGAAUUCAUUUUUAUAUUUCAGGCUGAUUGUGUCAGUUAUCUGACCGUAUGGCACGGAUAAGGCGACGUCCAUCAAGAGAAAGGGCACCUUAAAUGUCAGACAUAUCAGAGGGUGACAUAAAAUAUGACAAAAAGUGAUUAAAAGUUAUGGAGAGCUCCGGUCAAGUCGAGCCAACUCAGCCGGUGAACACCACAAACGACAGUUUUGUUACAGAUUCAUCCACUGUGGAUGUCAGCGCAGAUAGUCUCGUCUAUCAGAUCAGUCUGGCGGUGAUUCUCUCCGUUAUAACACUCGCCACCACUUUAUCCAAUGCGUUCGUCAUUGCAACAAUCUCCCAGUCGAAGAAACUGCAAACUCCUGCGAACUUUCUAAUCGCCUCUCUGGCCAUCACCGACCUCCUGGUGUCCAUUCUGGUGAUGCCCAUCUGCGUCCUGUACACGGUCAUCCACACCUGGACGUUGGGGCAAAUCGUGUGCGACAUUUGGCUCUCCUCGGACAUAACGUGUUGCACGGCGUCUAUCCUCCAUCUGUGCGUAAUUGCUUUGGAUAGGUACUGGGCCAUCACGGACGCGGUGGAGUACUCCAAAAAGCGCACGAUGGGACGCGCGGCCGGGAUGGUGGCCACAGCCUGGGUCAUCGCCAUCUCCAUCUCCCUGCCUCCUCUCUUCUGGAGGCAAGUGAAGGCGGAGGAGCUGACCAGCUGCAGCGUCAACACGGAUCAUAUCUUCUACACCAUCUACUCGACCUUUGGGGCUUUCUACAUCCCCACUUUGCUGCUUAUUGUACUGUACGGACGGAUAUACGUCGAGGCUCGGAAACGGAUCCUGAAGCAGUCCCCCAAGAAGGUGGGGAAGAGACUCACCUCGGCGCACCUGGUCACCAACUCCCCUGGAUCCGUGGCGUCCACAACCUCUCUGCAGUGCGGGAGGCACGACACCCAAUCUAGCGACACCGGGUCCUCAACAAGCGAGAACCAGGUGAAAGUGACGGUGUCGGACGCGCUUUUGGAGAAAAAACGCAUUUCAGCAGCCAGAGAAAGAAAAGCGACAAAGACUUUGGGGAUAAUCCUCGGCGCGUAUAUUGUUUGCUGGUUGCCAUUUUUUAUUUACACAUUAGUGGUGGCCACAUGUGACACAUGUUUUAACCCCGAGUUAUUUGACUUUUUCACCUGGUUGGGAUAUCUGAACUCCCUCAUCAACCCGAUCAUAUACACCAUGUCCAACGAGGACUUCAAAAAAGCUUUCCAUAAACUUGUGCGCUUCAGAUGCUGCAGGUCAUGAACGAGUGUCCAUUUAGUCUCCAAGAGGGACUUACUGAUGUAUUUAUUUUUGGAUAUCAAGUUCUAAAAAGAUGUACGAGAAUAUAAAAUAGUAAGAACACCAUAAACAAUAUAAUUGCUGGGACUUACAGACAUUAUAAGUUGUGCAUGCAGAAGACAUUUGGUCCAGAAUGGAGAUUUAAAAUGUUUUUAUAAACUAAAAAGAAAACCUGGACUGAACCUGUUCCACAUAAGGUCCAUGGAUUUAAAGCUCAGCACAAUACAAAGCAAAAAUCUUUCUUUUUUUAUUGGAGAAAUUCAUCGAUGGGUUGUUAGUAUUCUCUAUGGAGUCUUUUUUUUUUGAUGGUACAGUAUAUUAAAGCAACGCACAACACGUUUAUUACCAUGCAACGAGUGACUAUUAUUAUGAAUAUAAGCAUCAGAGAUCACAAACAUCUGACAUCGAAAAUAUAAAACUGUGGAUUCUUUUUUGCAUUAUGUGUAUAAAUAUAAUUUUAUUUUUAAAACUCAACAAUGUAUUCUGAGAAAAGAUAACAGUAGUAUAGUAUAUUUUUUAUUAUGAGCUUGCUGCUACCCUGUAUGGUUAUCUUUUUUUAUUCAUGAAGGCACACUCAUACAGCUGAAAAAAAAAGGAAAGAAAAGAUUCAUAUCAAUGUCAAACAAAGAAACUGUAGCUGAUAUUUACCCAGCAGAGCUGAAAGCUGAUCAUAAGUUUAAUUUCACAGAACAAACAGCACCUUGUUUUACUGUGUGUGUGUGUGUGUGUGUGUGUGUGCGUGUGCGUGUUGGUCUGUUUGCUGCUACAUCAAAUCUGUAUCUACAGUAUGUUAUGUGUGAAAUGGUUUGCCAUCUCAUGGCUAAAGAGACUGAGUUGAAUAGAAGAGAAGUAGACUGCAGAGCUAUGGAAAAUAAUGCUGAGGAUUUAUCAGCGUUAUGUGAAAUAAAGGUAUGAUGUUCUCGGAAUUUAUCUGUUCCCAUUCAGAGAUGUAAUAAAGGCUUU